GCGACUACUGCUGAGCCGAUCGCUUUCCUACGUCACGCUCUCGUUUGUCCUUCGCUGCCUAGACAUGAGCGGCUUGGGAGUCAGAAUUAGAAGUUUCUGCAGCCAGACACUUUAUAACGCGUAUCUCGACGGGACACCUGUGCUCACGUCUCGGCUGACCACUAUCGCUCAGGGCAGUCUCCACCGCCUAUCUUGCAACUACCUCGAGAUCUCCGCCGUUCGUUUACCCAUGGACAAGUUCCACGUGUCGAGAUCUAGACCGUGUGCGAAUUUCGUCCCAGCUACUCCAGGGGGGGCUACGAAUGCCAUUUCUAUAAAUGCGUUUCCCGAGCUUCGCGCCAUCGGAACCAGGAGCAGCAGCAGCAUCAGUGCUUCAAUCACCAGUUUUGAGGCGCCUCAAAACAAGCUUCGCAGCAUUAAAACUACUGUCAGCGGUAUGAGCAGCAACAAAGUCGGGGUUGGAGAGCUCCGCAACACCUUACAGAGAUCCCAUGCUGCUGGACUUGUUGCCCUUAAAAGCAGAAUCGAUACUAGUUAUCGUGGCAGGAGUGCCGGCCAAAGCCACAGGAGCUACAGUGUGAGCAGUGCUGGCAGUGGUAGUAGCAGUAACAGCGGUAGCAGCAGUAACAGCGGUAGCAGCAGUAACAGCGGUAGCAGUGGUAGCAUCGAUAGCAGCGGUAGCAGGGGCUAUGUUAGCAGCAGAAGCAGCAGCGGUUCUGGUUUGGAGGAGAGUGAGAGGAGGGAGAGGCUAGUCUCUAGCAGCAAUACUGACGCUGGCAGGACCAUCCGUACUAACGCUGGCAGCAGCAGCAGCAGCAGCAGCAGCAGCAGCAGCAGAAGUGCUGGGAGCUACAGAAGUGCCAUUGAAGGAGCUACAGUAACCAACAUUUUCCACUUCAAUCCAACCUUCGCCGCUCAGUUCGCCUGUGACCGUUACCGCGUCACCUGGCCGGCUCACUUGACCUCCUCAGAGCAAUCCAAGCUGGGGAACAAGCUCGCCUACCGCCUAACUUCAGCUCUCAGCGUCCCGUUUGUGUACGUCAACUCUCAUCACGCACUAGUGUGCCUGCGCAACGAGGGGGGUUAUGAGCACUUAACCGAGAGCCAGCAGCUCUUAAGUAAGAGCCAGCAGCAAUUUAGUGAGAGCCACUUAAUGGCCGAGCUGACUCCCGAGUUACAGGGAGUCCUGGAUGGGGUGAAGUACCUAGGACGGUCAUGGGAGACGCGGAGUGUGUCUGGUGCUGCAGCAGAUGUAACUGCAGCUCCAGCAGAUGUAACUGCAGCUCCAGCAGAUGUAACUGCAGCUCCAGCAGAUGUAACUGCAGCUAUAGCAGAUGUAACUGCAGCUACAGCAGAUGUAACUGCAGCUCCAGCAGAUGUAACUGCAGCUACAGCAGAUGUAACUGCAGCUGCAGCAGAUGUGACUGCAGCUCCAGCAGAUGUAACUGCAGCUCCAGCAGAUGUAACUGCAGCUCCAGCAGAUGUAACUGGAGCUCCAGCAGAUGUAACUGCAGCUACAGCAGAUGUAACUGCAGCUACAGCAGAUGUAACUGGAGCUGUAGCUGGCAAUGGGGCUGAUGCAGCAGCAGGGACUGGUGAUUGCCCCAAUGAGGGCACUGUGCUGCCGCAACAGGAGCCUGCUGACUGGGUGGUGACCAGUGAUGACGUGGCGAGGCUGCUGUGCUGCCAGGUGGAAUUGGAGCAACAAUUAGCUGAUUUGGAAGGGAGUAGUAGCAGCGGCAGGAGCAGCAUUAACAGCAGCGGCAGCAGAGGCAACAGUGGCAACAGCAGCAGCAGCAACGGCAGCGGCAGCAGCGGCAGCGGCAGCGGCAGCGGUGGCGGCGUCAGCGGGAGGAGCAGCAGGGAUGUCACUAAAUUUCUGAAGCCAGUUCCUUCCCUCUCUCCGGUUUCUCUUUUCGGGCAGCCCGGUUUGGUUAUAGACAUCAAGAGCAAGCGCGGAAUCCCCUUGAAAGGCAUCCUCGCUACAAGCUCACCCAGUAAGCUGCUCGGCGCCCUUGUGAAAACACCCUUUCGGUCCAAGGCUGCUAUGAUAACGGAGUGGGAGGAGCUGGGCCCAAAAACAGAGCAGCUUUAUCAGUGGCUUAUGCAGGUUACCUCUACUCAAGAGAUCCGGGAAAGGUUUGAAAAAGCGGACCCGUCGACGGUUCUUUUCAUUGUGGACGGUUUUCACUGGCUGCCCGAUUAUCUGGAGCUCGUCAUCUGCCCGGAAAACGAGAAAUUUCUGAGAGAUUUGGGUUUUGAUGUCAGCAGCAUUGGUGCGGUCAGCUCCACAGCUCGGCUGCUUCCUGAAGCCCGAUUCGCCGAGAUUCAAGAGAUUUCCUCCUCAUUGGCCCUCAGAGAUUUCGUCUGCCCAGAGCCGGUGUCCGGGCCAUUUCUCAAGGUGGACUUGAGCAGGCAGAAUAAAGAAGUGGGGAAAAGGUUUUUGCUGCCCGUAGACGAGCCUGUUACAGCCAUUCGGAAAGCCAUUCACCAGUUUGGGAUGUACCAAAGCCCAGAAAAACCCCUUCAAAUUGGUCUAUUGUAUGUGUCUCCCCCGGGUAAUUCACCCGCCUUAUAUGCUGACUCGGAGCCGUUUAUAAUGGAGAUGAUGGCCCAGCUGCGGAAACUGGGAGUGGCGAGUGCGGAGAGAACCAAAAUGCGCAAGAUAGUAUGGGGGCCGGUGGGGACUGUGGGGAGUUUGGAGGAAAGAUUGGAGCCAUCUUCAGAGGAGGAGCUGAGGCAGUUUUUGGUUCAAGAGGUGCACGUCUUGAAAGGCAUGGGGGCGGAGUUUCUCGUUCUGGUGUCAGAUUUCGGGAAAGGGGAGUGGGAGGAGGUUAGCGUGAGGGGGGAGGCAGGGAGGGGUGGGGGGACGGUUGCGAGGUGGGUGAGAAAGGAGAAGGCUUCGAGUGCGGCUGCUGCUGUGUGGCGGGCGCUGCAGCACGCUACUGGGGUGGAUGAUGCAACUGAAGAUAUAGACAAUACCAACAGCACUGGUGGCAGCAGCAGCAGGAGUGGUGACAGCGGCGGGGGCGGGGGCGGGGCCAGGGGCAGGGGCAGCAGCAGCAGCAGCGACAGCAGCACAAGCAGCAGCAGAAGCAGCACAAGGAACAGCCCUUCGCCCGUCUUCUCUCCGCUUCCCAUCUCCCCCCUUCCCUCCCACAUGCUCACGCCCAACACCUUCGCGAUCGCAAGCGAUUCCCGCGCCUACUUCGCCUCCCUUCUCGCAGCCGCGGUGGAGCGAAUCGCAGCAAAGGCAGGGGCGCUGCCCUACGUGCUCACGCCAGGGUUCGGCAAGGACACCGAUUGUAUCAUUGGCAUUGCAACGAAAGGGAGUUUGCCCGCCGCCUAUGUGCCCCCCUCCCUUGGGUCCUUGAAAGCGGAGACCGAUGUGUCCUUAGAAGCCGGGUCUAACACCGAUGUGCCUCUAGGGAGUGGGACCACUCAUUCUCUAGGCACCAGAUUAAACGUGGAUGAGCCCGCCAUCUCAUCCAACGUGGACGAGCCAGCUGUCAUCUCUAUCUUCGGCCCGAGGGGGGAGAUGCGGAGGGCCGUUCCCGUCCCUUGUCCUGUAGCGGGGGAGGGUCUACCUGACGAGGCGCUCGAAAGGGCGAUGAGUGAAGAGGACGUGAGGGGAAGGAGGGUGGUGGUGAUGCGGCACGGGGCGUUCCAGGGGAGCGAGAUAGUGUGCAUCCAGAAUGUGCUGGAGAGGGUCGAUGCCCGGGGGACGUUUGUGGAGGUGGGGGAGCGAGGGAGGUGCCGGCUGUUCUGUGCCGCAACAGAGAACUCAAACUGGGGGCGUUUGGAGGCAACUCAAAGGGAAGGGGAAUUUUCCGAUAGGCACUUGUCUGCUAUUGGGUCGGUGGCAGCAGCAUGGGAAGACGCGUUCUUUCCUCUCAGCGCCACCAGCGCAGCAUUGGUAGCUUCCACGAUAGCCAGGGGCAUGCCCCAGCCCCUCACGGUGGACGUACGGGUGAACGAUCUCGGGCUGUCCCUUCACGAGGUGGUUGAAAUCGUUGCUGGGAUGAGGAGAGUGCAGCAUGGGGGCCUGGGGAAAGCGAAACUGCCUGCAGGGGUGCAGUGGGCGGACAAGAAGGCUGCCUUCUGAGAGAUUGCUCUAGGAUCCAGAGGGGCAUGCCCCAGCCCACUAUGAUCGCCAGAGGCAUUCUGCAGCCCCUCACAGUGGACGUACCGGUGAAUGAACUUGGGUUGACUCUAGACUAGAGCAGGCAGUGGUGAUGGUGGGUGGGAUGAGGCAGGUGCAGCAUGGGGGCCGGGGGCAGGCGAAACUGCCAGCAGGGGUGCAGAGGACGGACCGAACGGCCUGUGGUGAGACAAUCAAUUCGCUCUUGAGAAUUCUCAAAAACAAAACACAUCCUAGCUGUGGUGAGACGGUCACUUCGCUCCAGCCUUAGCCCUGUUCUCUGGAACGGGUGGUGGCGAGGCGAUGGUUGCUGGGCACAGCAUGCCAGCCCAGGGAAAGUGAAACUGCCAGCAGCGGUGCAGAGGAAAGACAAGAGCAGCAUGUGGUGAAUCCAGGAUGAUAGAGACAGAAAUAAGGUACCAUGGUAUAG